GGAUUCUUACACAGUCCGUGCGCUUCUCGCUGACUGCUUUGGGCUUUAAAUAUCUUUCUCCACUAGUUCUUCUCUGUGCGACAGCUACGGGAUAUGCCGAGAGGCGGAGGCGUUUCUUAUUCUACCCAAAGCUUCCCCAAGUUGGGACCCCACUGACGCGCUAUGACAUGAAGAAGGAGCACACUUGUGGACACAGCUGAAGUCACCUUUGGGCCUUCCCUUUAACCGCAUUUUUCCAUUAAGCUGAACAAGCCGUUUUCCUUUGAAGCAACACAGUGGGCUGGCCUGCUGCUGCUAGAUUUUCUUCCUCUACCUGUUAAACACCGCUGCCAUCAUGCAGACAUCAUCGAUCCGCCGCCAAAAAAACAUGGUCAACAACUACACCGAGGCCGAGAUAAAGGUUAGAGAGGCCACCUCCAACGACCCCUGGGGACCCUCCAGCUCGCUCAUGGCUGAAAUUGCAGAUCUGACCUUCAAUGUUGUGGCUUUCGCAGAGGUUAUGGGUAUGGUCUGGAAGAGGCUCAAUGAUCAUGGCAAAAACUGGAGGCAUGUUUACAAGGCGCUCACGCUACUGGACUAUUUAAUCAAAACAGGGUCUGAGCGCGUAGCCAGGGAUUGCCGGGACAACAUAUACAGCAUUCAGACACUGAGAGACUUCCAGUACUUAGAUCGAGAUGGACGUGACCAGGGCCUCAAUGUGAGGGAAAAGGCUAAACAGUUGGUGGCUCUGUUGAGGGAUGAAGAAAAGCUAAAGAAGGAGCGAACCCAGGCACUGAAGACCAAAACACGCAUGACAGGGGUCACAAGUAGCUUAGGUUCGAGUCCCUUACCUCCUCCUUAC